AUGGGCCUCGACGACUUUGAGAAAGAACUUGCGCAGAGCAAAAAGAAGGAAGAAAAGAAGCGCGACAGAAGUCGGAGUCGCGACAGGCAUCAUCGCUCCAAGGUAAAUGCUUCAGCUCGAGACACGACUUUACCUGAUGAAGCAACGGCAAGGAUCGCGAGCAUCGCCAUAGCCAUCACCCCUCGCGCCAUGGUCGAGACGAAGACAACCACCGAAGCAAACGAUCGCGCCAUGAACGAGAAACGUCAGAAGAACGCUCGCGGAGGAAGCGACGCGAGAAAGAAGGCGACCCGUUCACCAUCAAGCGACGACGACGAUCGCUUGACGCGGAAGCGCAAGUCGCGGCACUACGAUGAAGACGAGUCUUCAGACGAUGAGGCGCCGCAAGAGAAGGACUAUGCGCCUCCAGACGACGAUAUCCUGGACCAGCAGCUCGAGGAUGCAGCCGAUAAAGACCUACAGCGUGAUGAUUGGAUGAAGGCGCCGUCAUCAAUGGAUGUCGAUUACGUGCAGAGGAAGAAGAGAGAAGAGAAAACCACAUAUGUCAAAGCAUCAGCCGAGCAACAGCAGGCUCUGAAGAUUCACCAUGCCGAAUUAAACCGUGGUCUGGCAGAUGAAAAGGAGGACAAUGGCCAGGUUACGGAUGAGCCAGCGCAACGCGAGGUCAACUACACAUUUGGCGACAUGGGGGCUCAAUGGCGCAUGACAAAGCUAAAGGGCAUCUACCGAGCUGCCGAGGAGAGUAGUCGGAGUGUGGAGGAUGUGGCUAUGGAGAAGUACGGUGAUUUGCGCGACUUUGACGAGGCACGAGAAGAAGAGAUCGAGCUAGACCGCAGAAAAAUGUACGGAAAGGACUACGUGGGCAAAGAGAAGCCAUCAGGAGAGCUGUUCGAGGAGCGGCGGUUGAAGGCUGGAAUACAUCGAUCAUCCCGCGAGCAAGAUCGAGGCGACGAUCUCCCCCAAGGCGAAGUCGUGCAAGACCCUCGCCCAACGACCAACACUGUUGCAGUCAGCCAGACCGAGCUGAACCGCUUGAAAGCUCAGAUGAUGAAGGCCAAGAUGAAGAAGGCUCCCAAUGCCGCCCAGCUCGAAGCAGAAUACAAUGCAGCCCUCACCAACUCUGCUGGCGGCAAGCAGUCCGACGUUGUCGUUCUCAACGCCAUGGACAACCGCAUGCUCGCGGGCGGCCGCCAGGGCGAAGUUAUCAACCUGACCAACAAGCGCGGCACCGAGCGCGGCCUCGUCAAAGAAAACGAAGACAUGUCCAUCGAAGACAUGGUCCGACAAGAACGCCGCACCAAAAACCAAGCCGGCGGCGAAGGCCUCCUCCUCGCCGAGAAAAUUGCAAAAGACUCCAAAUUUGACAAUGACCUCGACUACAUCGACGACAACGCCUCCAAGCUCGCCGCGCGCGCACCCAAAUCUAGCAUCAACCUGCGCAACUCCGCUAUCCAGGACUACCAGAAAAUGAACCGCAUCCUCGACUCCUGCCCCUUGUGCCACCACGAAGACAAAUCCCCCCCACAGCCUCCCGUCGCUCCUGUUGUGUCUCUCGCCACACGCACCUUCCUCACGCUCCCCACCGAGCCCGAACUCACCCCCGGCGGCGCCGUCAUCGUGCCUAUCCAGCACCGCACCAACCUCCUCGAAUGCGACGACGACGAAUGGGAAGAGCUGCGCAAUUUCAUGAAGAGCCUAACCCGCAUGUACCACGACCAAGGGCGGGACGUAGUCUUCUACGAAAACGCCGCACACCCCCAGAGAAAAGGACACGCGGCGCUGAAUGCCGUGCCCAUACCCUUUGAGCUGGGCGACACGGCGCCGGCGUUCUUCCGCGAGGCGAUUCUGGAGAGUGAUGCCGAGUGGAGCCAGCAUAAGCCGAUUAUCGAUACGCGCAAGGCGAGUCGCGAGGGCAUGGGGCGACAGGCUUUUCGGCGUAGUUUGGCCAAGGAGAUGCCGUAUUUUCAUGUGUGGUUUGAGCUGGAUGGCGGGAUGGGGCAUAUCGUGGAGGACGAGCGUAGGUGGCCAAGGGGCGAUUUGUUUGCGAGGGAGGUCCUGGGCGGCAUGUUGGAUGUGGGGAUGGAGGUGCAGAAGAGGCAGGGGAAGUGGGUCAAGGACGAUCGCAGGGUGGAGAGGUGGAGGAAAGGGUGGCGCAAGUUUGAUUGGACGAGGGUUUUGACGGAGGGAUAA